AUGCCGCUUUGUGUGAAAAAGUGUAAAACUGGUCUCCUGAAAGUAGAAAAGGAUGUUGCCAGAAAAAAACUGAAAAAGUAUUUUAAAAUGUGUGGUGACUAUCAAGAUAAUAGAGUAUACAAAUGGAAAAAUAAGGAGGAGCAGAAAACCACCAAGACAGAUCUAACAGAGAAGGAUAUGGGUUUACCUGUACAGGGAUAUAGCGUAGGAAAUCAAAGGUAUAUGCAGACUAAGGUGAAGGAAAAUGGAGAACAUUAUAGCAAUCACUGGGAGAGAAUGGGAGGUUUUAAUUAUGACCAAAGGAGGAAUUAUGGAACGCAGAGAUUUAAGCCCUGGUUUGGGAACCACCAGAACCAAGAGCGAUAUGGACAUCUUAUAGGAUGUACAGGAAGUCUUGCAAAACAACAUGUAUCUACAUAUAAGGAGUCAACAGUCACCAUUAUGGACCUGCCAAAAGUUGUGCAAGCAGUUAAGAAGCAUUUCGUAACAGACAAGGAACAACAGAUACAUUUCCUGGAAGGAGACUUCUUUAAUGAUGCUAUUCCUGAGGCAGACCUGUUUAUUUUGGCCAGGAUUAUUCAUGACUGGACAGAAGAAAAAUGCAUUAAACUACUGACGAAGGUUUAUCAGUCUUGUAGACCCGGUGGUGGAGUGCUGAUAGUUGAACUCCUUCUGAAUGAAGAUAAAAGUGGCCCGGUGAUUUCCCAGGUGUUUUCAUUGCAAAUGCUAGUCCAGGCAGAAGGCAAAGAACGAACACCAUCUGAAUAUACCAAGCUCCUUACAGACUCUGGCUUCAGGGACAUUAAAGUCAAAGCAACUGGAAAGAUGUAUGAUGCAAUACUGGGAAGAAAGUAGAUCCAAGUGUCAUUGUCUUACGAAACUGACUAUAGUUUAUUACAAAUGAGUUGUUUGUUGUGUUAAUGCUGCAUGACUAUCAGAAGUAAUGCUAUUUUAUUCUUCCAUGUUAUGCUUUUUUAGACUGAAAAUGUCUUAAAAUUAACUGAUGUGUUUUAAGCUGGAUUUCUUUACAUCUAAAAAAUAAAAUCCAUUAAAUGUCA